AUCUUCAGACUAUAUUCCGAGCGGGGAUGCUGGAUGCUGGGUAGGAUAUAGAGAUCCGGUAUCAGUGUGCAUCGGAAACGACCCCUCUAAAUAACAUAUCCAGCACAAUACGAUAUUACCGUCUGCCUACCUACUCCAUCUCGUAAUUUGGUACUGUGAAGCAUCCUAGCGCGAGCACUAGUCGUCUUGGAGCUCCUCCUCGUAGUAUCGCAUCCAGCCGGGAGUCGUGAUAUGAAGAACUCUUCAUCGGCUACCGGAUCAUACUCAUCCGGAAUACUUCAGGAGUGCUUCGAGUCACACUUCAUCGAGUAAAAUGCGAUGACAUCAGACAACCUGUCAUGAGCCUCAAAAGGCGCCGUGGCAAUGCUGUAGGAUAUCGCGUAACAUAUCAUGGACGCGGUAGUUUCAUUCCUAGGAGUACUGCUUGUAUUGGCCCUCUGUGCGGAACUGCCGAUUAAGAAUGUUUCCGGCCAGUGUAUACUCCCACUGGGUAUGGAGGAGGGGAAGAUUCCGGAUGAUGCGAUAACCGCUUCUUCCAGCUACGAAAUGAAGUCUGUUGGACCGCAAAACGCAAGGCUACGUCAAGAGAAGAAUGGUGGCGCUUGGUGUCCUAAGGCUCAGAUCAGUAGCGAUAUACGUGAAUACUUGGAGAUUGAUCUUACCAGGGAUCACUUGAUCACUUGGACCGAGACCCAGGGUCGCUUUGGGAAUGGCCAGGGUCAGGAAUACGCUGAGGCCUUCUUCCUCGAGUAUUGGCGUGACGUCGAGUGGCAUAAAUAUAAGAAUUUGAACGGUGCCAUGGUCUUACGAGGAAACAGUAAUACCUAUUUGGUCGAAAAACAAAAGUUGGAUCUACCGUUCGUGGCGAGUCGCGUGCGAUUCAUUCCUUACAGUCAGCAUCCUCGCACGGUCUGCAUGAGAGUUGAGAUUUAUGGUUGCGUCUGGGAACAGAGAAUCGCAAGGUAUACUGUGCCAAAGGGCGAGACCCUCGGCCCUAAUGGAUCUAACAUGGAAGACUCCUCCUAUGAUGGAACUGAGGAAGAUGGUAUUAUGUCCGGAGGACUUGGGCAACUGACCGACGGCAUCUUCGGGGAUGAUCCUACGACAAUCUCCAGGGGCUCCAGCAAUUGGGUAGGAUGGAGCAAUCGUGAGAGCGUCGAGCUCAUUUUCGAAUUUUAUGAUGUCCGUGAAUUUGAGAACUGCACCAUACACGUCGCACAUUUGCCAAGCAGGGAGAUCGAGAUACUCUCUACGGCGACCGUUUGGUUCUCCUUUGACGGAACGCAGUAUCAUCAAACACCAGAGAAAAUCGAGAUUGCAGGCGAGAUUAAAGCAACCACUGCGAGCAUAUCAAUCCCAUUACAAUCUAGAAUCGGACGAUUUCUCAAGAUCGAAUUGAAUCCCAAAUCGAAAUGGCUGCUCGUAAGCGAGGUCACUUUUGAGUCCAUAACAGGUUCGCGAAACUUCUCAGAGUCACUUGACCAAGUUUUUCGAGCUUGUCAAAAUAACGAAACCGAAGAGUCCGCUGAUAUGGACAAAUCAAACGGUGGAUACAAUGAAACGAUCUUCGAGCUGAAUGCCAAUCUCACACCAGAUGCAUUUCCAGUUAGCAAUUCUCAAACUUACAUAGGACUUGUUAGCGGUGCAUUGACCGUUAUUGCACUUCUGCUAACGUGCACGAUAUUCCUCAUGAAACAAAGGGGCCGAAACAAAGUGGCUCUACUCCAAAAGCACACAGCAUUGCUCUGCGGUUCUCCAGCACCUGGAAUCACGAUUAACAUGAAAGACAUUAAAAUGGCCACACCAAUUGUAGUGAAUGGCUUAUCUCAAUCAAGACUCUCCAUCAAGAGUAAAACAUUCUCUGGCGACGAUCACACGAUCCGUAGUGGAGAACAUAACACAGGAAGUGAAUACGAGCACUGCAGCGUCUACGAAAGGACGUACAAACUCUUCUCCGAGGAGAAUCUCGGUUAUGAACCUCACACUCACAAGAGUGAACAUUUCUCCAGCUGCAAGACAGAAUACACCGAUGUUACAGACUUCACCAGCGAACACAGCUUCCAGGAUGAGAAAUCUGUUGAACGUGUAGUACCUACUCCGUUUCCUGUUAAAAGACACAAUCAGACAGGUAAAACAAAUCAUGAAGUCUACGAAGGAUACUACGCUGCUACUGAUAUUCUCACGAUCAAAAGAAGGGAACAGCAUUCGACUUCUAGCCUCUUCACUUCGUUGCAUAUUCAAGACAGUAUGCAUCUUACGGGUACGGGGAACUCCUACAAUAUUCAGCAUAUCUCGAGACACAGACUAAGGAUUUUGGAUAAGCUCGGCGAAGGCAGCUUUGGACUGGUACAUUUAUGCGAGGCUAAGGGUAUACAAAAUCCGGAUCUGGGGACGAUUCGGAAUAGGCAGAUUGUUAUUGUGAGGUCGCUUUGGAGAGGGGUUACUGAUUCCCUCAGAAAGGAUUUCAUGAAAGAUAUGUACACUUUGGCUGCGGUUCGCGAUAUUAACAUAGCCAGGAUUAUUGCACUGGUAGAAGAGGAGCCAUUCGGUGCUGUAUUUGAAUAUGGGGAAUUGGGCGAUCUGCCAAGUUUCAUGAGGAGUCAUGAAAAAUCAAGUAACGAUAUUCCAUUGAGUUACGGAUGUCUAUUAAACUUCGUAACUCAAAUUGCUUCUGGUAUGAAGUAUCUGGAGAAUCUGAAUAUUGCUCAUCGCGACUUGGCAGCCAGAAAUUGCAUAGUUAAUAAAAAUCUAAUGAUCAAGGUAUCAGAUCAUGCUAUGUACUGUAGCCAAUACGAUCAAGAGUAUUAUGUAAACGAGUGCUAUACGAAAGUGCCACUAAGAUGGAUGGCCUGGGAGGCAGUUCUAUUGGGAAAGAAAAGUUGCCAGUCUGAUGUUUGGUCCUACGCGAUAACGGUCUGGGAAAUCUUGACGAACUGCGAGGAUGUCCCCUACGCUGAUUUAACUUCCGAACAAGUGCUGGAGAACUGUAGCAAGUGGUACCAGAGAGGAUCCACAGAGAAGUCUCAGCCCAGGAUCCUUUCUCAGCCACCCUCUUGUUCCGGAGAUCUCUAUCACAUGAUGACCAAGUGCUGGAGCAAGCACGCCGAAGAGAGGCCCACCUUCGAGGAAAUACACCUCUUCCUGAAGAGAUUGAGCUUCGAUUGAAAGCCUCGUGCACUCAAGCAGCAUGGACCAAAUCGAUUACAAUCAGCUAAGAAGCAUCCUCUCCAUUCGUGUGUCCUGUAGGAUGCUCUAGCCACUAACUUAUGCUCAACUAGGUUAACCUUCAUCCUAUAAGUAUAAUACAUAAGAUAAAGCGUAAAGAUUUUGAUAAUAAAUGUCAAUAUCGUUCGUUUAACAUUAUCCAUACGGUGUGUACGAUAAGAGUGAUUCUGGUGUAUCCUCAUUGGAAAUUCUGUGUCCUCGCGAUUCCUAUCAUACAAAACGCAAGAUAUCUGGACAGCGAAAAUGAAAGUCAAGAGGUGCUAGAUUAGGUGGCACGAGGUGUGCUCAUGUUAACGCGAUAAUAUCAUACAUUUCGAGUCACGAUAAUCUGAUAAAUAAUAUCAUCCUAUGUUAAUUGUCUACGUAAAGAUUCUUGGAGAGAUUGUACUGUGACGAUUUGGAAAAAUGAUCUCUGGAUGAAUUAUAAAUACAAUGUGCGAGUGUGUACGAGAUGGUGCCACGCUACGGACUAAAUCAAAUCGUAAUUAACAUAUCCUAAUUUUCAAUCGUGUACAACGUAAUUGAAUAAUGGCGCACGCUCGAGAUUAUUAACGAGUCACGUCAAGUUAGAUGGUUACAAUCUUUACCUAUUCCUGGUCGCACUAACGCAUUUAGUACAGUUAAGAUAAGCAAAACAUGUAACGAUAACGAACGUGUAAGUUAAAGUAUUAUAUAGUUAAGUGGUCCUCCUCUGUAAAUUGUCAAUAUUGAUAAUAUGUAAUCUGUUCGUUGCAAUAGUUUGAAGUAAACUGUAAUAAGAUCCACGACUAAUAUCGCCCGAUCCCUCAUUACGGAUUUCUCAUGUUCGCAAUUACGUGUUUACGUACGCCGAAUAUACUAAAUCGACAGAGACUAUUUUCUGAGACGGAUAUGAGAUUAUUUGUUCUAACCGAGAAGUGCUAUCGGACGCUAACGAGGGAAAGAUGAAUGUCGUUAAAAUGAUGUCAUUAGUAUAUAAGAGAGAGAGAGAGAGAGAGAGGAAAAAGUAGAAAAACAUGAAGAGAAUGUUCAAUACGCGCGACUAUUCACAUUUACAUCAUUCAAAAACUAGCACAAGAAUGACGGCAUUAAAUCUCUUCUGAUAUUUCCAUUGGAGGAAUUUAUAUGCUACUUCCAUUUACAUUUGUAAGGACUCUCAAAACUGUUAGUGAAACUUUUUUCUUGUGCCAGUGAACUUGAUAUCAAGAGUGACAAUCAAUUUCUUUAGUUGUAAUUUAGUUGCAGAAAUCGUCUAUUCUCCAUUGACUAUACUAUAGAUAUUAUAAGCAUGUUUUCUUUAUCCCAUUAAAAUUAUGAUUAUUUUGUACAUAAACACAUAUAUUUUUUCAGGACGAUUAUGUCGCCUAUAUUCUCGUAUUGUCGGCGUAGGCCAUUUUCGGUGAACCUUCAUCAAUGAAAUCUAUAUUCACGUGAAAGCAACUAAUCAGCAAUUUUUAUCGUAGAUCUACACCUACUGUAAUCCGAGUUUGUAAUAAGAAUUAUCGUAUUCCAUUAAAAAUUAUAUUCUUAAUAUUUCCAGUGUUAU